AUGCCAAUCAACAUCACAAUCCACACCAACUGGCUAACCCGCCGCAACAUCCGCCACGCACAGAAUGAGAUCGAGUACGGCACCACCAGCGCUCAGCGGGAUGCCGGCCGUCGCGCCCUGGAGAAGAUUGCAAUGGAAGAGAUCAUGGAGUCCGUCAAGAAAGCUAUCGGUGAUAGCGAUAACGAAAUCAAAUCCGCACCGCCCGCCCCAGCUCGUAAGGCCCUCCAGGUCAGGAUCUAUGUCGAGCCGGACUUUGGAGGUGGGAGGUUGGGUUUGUGGAUCAAGAAGGAGGAUACGGUGCAGCAUCUCAAAAACAUAAUUUUGGAGGAGAUGGAGGUGCCGAUCGAGAGGCAGAGAUUGCUGUAUCUGGGGUCGGAGUUCCAGGAUGGGCAGAGAAUGGAUAGGUACCAUGUCGAUCACGAUGCGGUGAUUGAGUUGAGGGUGCGUAUGGGUUAA